AUGUUUCUAAGCAAGACUAAUUCCAGCUUACUCCUCAAGCUUUGCCAAAAUAACGAAUAUGUUUUACAAAGGCUGUUAUCAUCAAAAACAUCAUCAGGACCUGCUUUUAACUGGGAAGAUCCCCUAAAUUUAGAAUCCCAACUCACAGAGGAAGAAAUCAGUGUUAGGAAUAGUUUUAGGAGUUAUUGCCAGGAAAAGUUAUUACCCAGGGUUAUUAGAGCAAAUAGGGAUGAAGUAUUCCAUAAAGAGAUUAUGUCGGAAAUAGGCCAGUUAGGCGCACUAGGAUGUACGAUUAAAGGUUACAAUUGCGCGGGAGUGUCUAGCGUUUCUUAUGGCCUGCUUACCAGGGAAGUAGAAAGGGUAGAUAGUGCGUAUAGGUCCGCUGUAAGCGUGCAGAGUUCAUUGGUAAUGGGUUGCAUAUACGACUUUGGCAGUGAAGAGCUUAAGCAACAGUAUUUACCGCUAUUGGCUAAAGGGGAGUUGAUUGGAUGUUUCGGGCUCACAGAGCCGAAUCAUGGAAGUGACCCGGCCUCAAUGGAAACAAGGGCUAAAUACGACUCAAAAACAAAAAUGUACACCCUUAAUGGUAGUAAAACGUGGAUUACGAACGCGCCGAUUGCGGAUGUUGCUAUCAUUUGGGCCAAAUGCGAGGAUAAAAAAAUUCGCGGGUUCGUUGUGAAAACGAGCACCAAAGGUUUUUCCGCGCCUAAAAUCGAGGGGAAGUUCUCUUUAAGAGCCUCCACCACGGGUUCCAUAAGUAUGGACAAUGUGGAGGUACCCGAGGAUCACAUGUUGAACGUUGAGGGGUUAAGGGGGCCUUUUAGUUGUUUGAACAACGCGCGUUACGGGAUCGCUUGGGGGGCUUUGGGGGCGGCGGAAAGUUGCCUGGAGAUCGCCAGAAGUUACACGAUGGACAGAAAACAAUUCCAAAAACCCCUCGCUGCGAACCAAUUGAUACAGAAAAAGUUCGCAGACAUGGUCACCGAGAUUGCCCUUGGCUUGCACGCCUGUCUUCACGUCGGGAGACUAAAGGAUAAAAAAAUGCAUAGGCCAGAAAUGAUUUCGAUUUUGAAACGUAAUAACGCUGGUAAGGCGCUCGCGAUUGCCAGGGAGGCGAGAGAUAUGCUGGGAGGAAACGGCAUACACGAUGAGUACCACAUAAUAAGACACGUUAUGAAUUUGGAAUCAGUGAAUACCUACGAAGGUACCCAUGAUAUCCAUGCCUUAAUUAUCGGAAGAGCCGUGACUGGAUUAAGCGCUUUUUAA